GGGCUCGGACGAAGGCGUCAUCGGUUGCGGCCGCUCUCGGGGAUUUGUUCCGAGAGAGCGCGAGGAGAGGCAGGAGUGAAAGGGCCGGGGGGUGCGCGUGCCCGCUCCCUCCUCGGGUGAAUCCCCUGGAACAGUGGGCGCGAGGAGGAGGAGGAGGGUGAACCCGAGCUCGAGGGAUCGAGCUGCGAAGCGCGUGCGGGGAAGAGUCUUUACUUGCCGGGACCAGGGGGGAGAGACAGGGGCAGCCAAUUAGGAGGUGGGACUGGGGGGGGGCUUCUCCCACCAAUCGGAGCAAACCCAGGAAAAGAAGCCCGCCAACCAAAGGAGAACUUGUGCGAGCCUCCCCACCAAUCGGAGGAGCGGCAGCAGCGGCCGAAGCCGGAGCGGCGCGCCAAUCGCCGGCUAGCCAGCAACAGAGAGCGCGGAGUCGGGGAUGUCCUACAAGCCCAUCGCGCCUGCCCCCACCAGCUCCGGAGCCGCCGGCACCAGCAGUAGCAGCGCCAGCCCCGCCCCCGGAGCCCCGCCGGUCGCCACAAGUGUCCCAUCUCCAUCUGGAUCUGUUCCUGGAGCUUCUGCCCCCUUUCGACCUCUCUUCAACGAUUUUGGGCCCCCAUCAAUGGGCUACGUGCAGGCUAUGAAGCCACCAGGUGCCCAAGGUUCUCAGAGCACAUACACGGACCUGCUUUCUGUCAUCGAGGAGAUGGGCAAGGAAAUCCGACCUACUUAUGCAGGCAGCAAGAGUGCCAUGGAGCGGCUGAAGCGAGGGAUUAUCCAUGCUCGUGCGCUGGUAAGAGAGUGUCUGGCAGAGACAGAGCGCAAUGCUCGUACGUAACAGUUGCUUCCUUCUGGCACCUCCCUGUGGACUUUCUGGCCAGUCAUCACCGCUUUGAAAUCUGGAGAUCUGCCCUUUAUCUUUUCUGUCAAUCAGUGUUGUACAUACUGGAACUACCAUUGCCUUCAAAGACCUUUAUACCAAUUGGCACCUAAGAAUCUGAAGCAUCUCCUGCUGCAUCAUAGCAACUUCCCAUCAAUUGGCAUUCUGGGAAUUGAUGCAAAAACAUUUUUGUUUCACACACCUGAUCAACCAAUGAGAAUAAUGGCUGGUAGCAAGUCUGUCUUUAUAAAUUCUUUGGGGGUUAUAAAUAAAAGUAAUGUUUGGAAUUGAGAUUCUCUUCCCUGUGUGUCUUUAAAAUCCCAUAUGAUGGAAAGUAAGACAUUGGGGGUCUGUAUUGCAAGAUGUGCUUCCAUAGGAAAGCAGUAUGUGGCCCUCUGCCCUGCUUGCAGUGGAAGCUUCAGCGAGGAGUCAUUGAGCCAAUACUGGAAAACUUGUAAUAAAAUAUUUCUACUCUUA